UUUGGCGACUGGCGGGCGAAAAGCUGCCAGAGAGGUCUUGUGUUUGGUACGGAGCUGUAACGUUUAUACAUUCUGCCUUUUUUCUGCUCAAUAAGCAACCGCAUCAUAGAGCGAUACACGACGGCAUUAGGCGAGGAAAGCAUUACCAUCCGGUCUUAGAACGUGUUGGAAAGUGCUGGCGUUUCCGGAAUUGGCCGGUCUGUGCAGGAGAAAAGGGCGAAGCGAAGAAAGCGUACACGGCGCCACAAGAGGAACGGGAACGCUCUGGUUUUUCCGCCGCGUAAACAAACUCACCAAACUGCGACGAUGGUGGCGUCCAAAAAAUCGUUCGAAGUAGGCGACUUGGUGUUUGCCAAAGUCAAGGGCUACCCAUCGUGGCCAGCGAAGGUUACCUCCGUGGAAAAGGCCAAAUACAGAGUCUACUUUUACGGGACGGGUGAAACUGGAAAAGUCAAGCCGGAGGACCUGUUCCCAUACGAAGCAUCGAAGGAAAAGUUUGCGGCGGAGAAAUUUAUGAAACGGAAGGGCUUCCGCGAGGCAAUGAUACAGAUCGAGUCCGCCAUCAGCGGUGAUGAUCCAAGCCCCGUAAGUCUUGCAUAUGACGUAGCGGCGGUACAGUCGGGAAUGGAUGAUACGAUGGAAACAUCACACCAAACGUCAAUUUCCGCUGCUGAGGCCACCUUCAACGAGUCCCACGUGUCGGCCAACUCAACCGCGUACAACAUUGGCAAGGUAAAGCUGGAAAAGUAUGAAGAUGAAAAUGCUACCACGCAACAGCCCGCCGCCGUCGUAGCACAAACAAAAGCGAACGCAAAGGGAAGCUCUGCCACCAAGAAGGCGGUGGCCGCCACCCCAGCGCUUACACCGGCCACAAAUAAUGGAUCGCAAAAGAAGGUGCUUGAGGCACAAUCCUCGCCGCAGGACAAUGCUGGCGGUGUGACCGACACGAAGGAAAUCGUCAGCCAACGGGGUCGCAAAAUCAAGCAGAAACGGUUCCUGGAUGCUGACGAGGAGGAGGAGGGAGGUUCCGUGGCAGCGGGAUCACCACCGAAGAAGAAACCGGCGAAAGCAAAACCGGCCAUGGCGGCUACAACACCCGCUGCGACAAAGAAGCUGGACCCGUUCGAAAAAAUUGCUGACGAGCGGCUGUUUGUGCUGAAACUGGAACGGCAGCUGGUGGAGCUGAAUCUGGAGAUAAAAUCAUCGGUAAAACUGAACGGCGCCGAUCCGGAACGAUGCGUCAAGCUGAUGGAACAGUACGAAAAUCUGAGCGUUACUUCGACGAUCCUGAAGAAAAAUCCCAACUGUGUGGAAACGAUGAAACGGUUACGGAAGUACGUGGGCAACGCCAAAGCGUGGAAGCUGGACGAUAAGCAAAAGCUGAAGUUCGACUUCCAGGCGCAGCAGAUACGACAAAAGGCAGAACAGAUUUAUGCCCGCUUUAAGGACAUUUUGGGCAUGUCAGACAGCGAGAAGCCUUUCUGGGAUUGGUUCGUGCAGGAGGUAACCAAGUUCGAGCAAGCCACGCAGCAUCUCUCCCAAGAGGAACUGUAUCUGCUUGUGGACGAGAAAGAACUGGAAACGGCCAACAAACAGAACAGCAACACCGAUACGACCAACGAUGCGACUAGCGCGAAAGACGAUCAAUCAACCAAGGCAGCGAACGACAUGGCGCCGGAAGAAGCUGAGGGUGGUGGGGACGAAGGUUUCGAACUGGAGGGUACGACACCGGAAGAAGAGCAUACGACACAUCUGGACGAAUAGAGGUGGUUCUUUAUCAAACUCGGCUUAUGCCCACACGCUCCCUGUGCUAUUUUUUUUUUGUCAACAGUUUAUGGUGGUCUUUAGUAGGUGGUUAUGCCCAUCAUAACUGGCCGGCGCUGUUCAUGUAGCUGCGUGUACUCGGUUACUCGGUGUUGGUUUGAUCAACCCUUCUUUUUUCUUCGGAUAUGCCUUUGUUUACAAAUAGCUACGGAUAUCUGCAUCCGUAAUUGUGUUUUAGCGUGUCUGCGAACGGGGUGCGCCUUUUGCGUGUGUCUGUGUGAAUAAUUGUGUUCAGCACACACAGGCACACAGAUGUUUCUCAUGUUUUACUACUUAAAACCCCUUUCUUGGGGUUCCCAUUCUUCUUUUGCUCGGUAAUACACAUCGUAAACGUUUUUAUUUUUAAGUAUUUUUAAUCAUAUUUUCCUAAUCGCCCGUAAGUUGAUUAUAUAUGUAAAAAGAGAAGCAAUCGUGAACAGGACGGAAUUUGUUACGGAAGUGUUAGCCUGCUAAAGCAGCUGGGGGUGGCUUACAGUAACACACCCCAUAACAUGCGUAAGGCAAUAAAACAAUAGACAGCGUCGCUUCAAAUCACAAACACAAACACAGCAAGAGCGAAGCAAUGCUCCAAUAGGGGACGAAAAGAUUGUGCUAGAGCAGAAAAAUCGUUCCGGAACCCCAAACGCGGCAACAAGAACCACCAAGAAGGAGAGUUUACAGUGCGGUUUUAGAUUAAGCGGACAAUGCAUCUCAACGGCGAACGAACAUUGUGUUGGCGUGGUUGCAUUGAAGAAAUAAAUUACGCCUCAGGCCAUUGCAAAAACGAUUGCGCAAAGGAAGGAGCGAAAGUAUCUGACUA